CUUGGUGAAAUCAUCUUGUUGGAAUGGUUAAUGUUUCGUCUCAAUUAAAGCCUCUGAUAAUAUCGAGUAAAGUGAAUCCAAUUAUCAAGGAAUGUAUUAAGAUUAGGACGAAAUAUUCUAAAAACUUUAAAAAAUGUUUUACCUUUGAUCAACCUCAAGUUUUUAAAGGAGAAGAAGGAAUUCAAUAUAAAUCUCUUCCAAUGUUGAUGAAUGGAUCAAAGAUUAUUAGAGAAGCUUCCGAAAAGUAUAAAAUUGAACCUAAAUGGUUGUUUUAUAGCUCGGAACAAUCCGAAAUUAAAUUCAAAUCUAAUGAUAUUCAAUAUUAUCAAACUAAUGAUAAUUUAAUUAAUCAUAUUUGUGGAGAUAUUGUUAGUAAUGAUGGAUAUUGUGCAGUUUAUGAUAAUUAUAAUCCUUUUAAAUUAUUUGAAAAUAAGAAGAAGAGGAAUGUUUAUAUUUAUUGUUAUAAAGUGAGUGAUCCAAAUAAUUUAGGGUCAAUUAUUAGAAUGAGUUUUGGAUUUGAUAUUAAAGCAAUUUUCUUGAGUGAAGAUUGUGUUUCACCUUUUACUGAACGAUCAAUUAGAUCAAGUAGAAAUUAUAUUUUAAAUAUUCCAGUUUUUCAUUUACCUUUGAAAGAUUAUAAAACAAUUAUUUAUGAUCAAUUGAAAUGUAAAAAAUCAUUAAUUGCUGAUGCUUCAACAGAUAGGAAAACUCCAAUUCAAAAUUUGAAUGAUUCUAAUGAAGGAGAUGUAUGUUUAAUUAUUGGAAAUGAACAUCAUGGAUUUUGUGAUGAUGAUUUUAAAUCAAUUCUUUUACCACAAUUAGAAAAUCAAUAUGAAGGUAUUUACAUUCCAAUGAAGAAUAAUUUAGAUUCCAUUUCCGUUAGUCAUGCAGCUUCUAUAUUAAUGUUUGAAUUAACAAAAAAGUAAUAAAUAAUUUAUUUCAUUAAU